UCCGAAAAUAAUGCAAUGAUAAUUGCUAUCGACGUUCACACAUCCCUAAUUAUAUUGUGUAUUUAUGAAUCAAUUUUAAUUUUCCGCAAUCACUGAAGAUGAACUAUUGACUGUGCGAUGGAGAGUCGUUUAACAAAUUAGUGUGUCUUCAUAAAAUAGCAAAAUAUCCGUCAGUUUGCAAUUGGCAGGGCGAGGAAACGACACAAUGAAUUCCAUGGAAGAGCAAUUAAAGCAGCUAACAAUAUUGAACAGGAGGUGUGACGAUGGACAUGUAAGGACCGGAAAAGUAGCAGCUUUAGUUGACAACUUACAACAGAAAGCUGGGUUUGCACAGAAUGCCACUCUCAGCAAAUCGAAGACGGCACCAUCCAUUCCACCAAAGCCGUUCAAGAAAACAAAUGAAAUGCCUCAGGUACCCCUCAGCAAACAAGUUAUGGAUGCCCGAGAACCUCUUUUUUCCCAGCCUUUGCUCAGCUUAGAAUUGUCCAACACCAAAGGAACCGAAGGCGACGGCAACCUUUUGCGCAGGCAGCCACCCAUAUAUUCAGGACGCGGCGGCGAUAAACCUGGCAACAGCCAAACAACUUUGGAUAACCCGGCCGUAUUGGAGCAGCAACUGGAAGCUUUGGCGUAUCACAAACAGCAAAUGGAAAGAAAGGGACUGUUGGGAUCGCAGACACAGGUCACAGAUCCCAUUCGAAGCAUUCCGAAACUUUCUUCCACAUCAUUGAGUGGCCAUCAUUUCGGAAGCCCAAUUGCUGCAAUUUAUAGCAAUUUGUCAGCAGCUCGCGAGAGUCCAACCAACGAGAAAAAACCGGCAAUCAUGCAUGUAUCUACGCAACUAGAAAAAUGUCCACAAAAAGAUUCAAGUAUGGUUGAUAUUGCUUCGCCGAAUGCGUCUUUGGCCAAAAUGCUCUCCGUUUGGACAAACUCAAUGUUAGACAAGGAGCCAGAAGAAGACCUACCACCACCCCCAAGUCCGGUAAGCUCUUCCUAUAGCGAGCUCCGACGAGCAAGCGAUGUCUUCAGCAAAGCGGCGAAUUUCCAAGAAAAUCCAAUUAAAAAGGCCGCUCCAACAAUUUCUCGCGCAAAUUAUACCAAUCAUUAUGCUACACAGAACGCAAAUCUCAAGGGCUAUCAAAACAAAACAUGUGCGGACUAUUUUGGCUAUGGUGCAUUAUCCCAGAGCUCUUCUACAUAUGAUUCGAUAUAUGAGCCCAUUAACCCACGCCCACCCAGCGACAUGUCGUCACGUGCCAAUUGCAAUACUUAUGCCACAUACGUAAAUCAAAGCAACACGCCCAUCGGUUUCGGCGGAAGCAAUAGCAUGUUGAUAGCGAGUGAAUCAAACACUUAUCUGUACUCCAAUGGCGAGGCGAGAGCUGAACAUAAUCUAAGUAGUAUGGACGAGAACAUGAAGCAAUAUCAUUUGCCCUCGAUUGAAACUACAAGUGAGGUAGAGAGCUACGGACGUUGCUUCAAAUGCGGCGAACGCGUCCUGGGCGAGAGCAGCGGCUGCACGGCCAUGGAUCAGAUUUAUCACAUUUCGUGUUUCACUUGCACCGAAUGCCAAAUCAAUUUGCAGGGCAAACCAUUUUAUGCUCUGGAAGGGCAACCGUUUUGCGAACACGAUUACCUGCAGACGCUGGAAAAAUGUUCGGUUUGCUUGAAACCUAUUUUGGAGCGCAUUCUGAGGGCAACCGGCAAGCCCUAUCAUCCCCAAUGCUUCACUUGUGUUGUGUGCGGAAAUAGUUUGGAUGCCAUUCCGUUCACAGUUGAUGCCACCAAUCAAAAUUACUGCAUUGCCGAUUUUCAUAAGAAAUUUGCGCCUCGGUGCUGUGUCUGCCAAGAACCAAUUAUGCCGGAAGCGGGCCAAGAGGAAACUGUGCGCGUUGUCGCUCUAGAUCGUAGUUUUCACCUGGAAUGCUAUAAAUGCGAGGACUGUUCCCUCCUAUUGUCCUCUGAGGCUGAUGGUCGGGGCUGUUAUCCCUUGGAUGAUCAUGUGCUAUGUAAAAGCUGUAAUGCUCGACGCGUUCAGGUUUUAACAAAUCGCAUGACGUCGGAACUCUAAAUUCGACAGAAUAAUUAAUUUAAUAUAUUUAUUGAGCUAAGUACUUGCAUUCAGACUAAAAACUUAUUUAUGUUAGUUGUGCUGAUCGAAAGUUGCAUUCCAUAAUUUA